GGCUGUGUAGAGGUCAGUGUGUGGUGGAGCAGCUGAUGGAGACAGAUGUGGACUCAGUUGAAGGGAAGGCGUCUGUAUUCAGCCAGGUAAACCCUCUUUAUGAAGACAGCAUGAAGCUCAAGGAGUCUGACCGUUACGACUUCCAGCACAGCGAGCUAACGCUGAAGAAACCAGCAAAGAAAUGUCGCUGUAUUCCAGUUCUCAUCGUGUUUCUCCUGCUCCUGGUUGCACUAAACUCUUUCCUGGCCUAUAAAGUCUUCACUCUGGAGGCUUGGGUUCACACUCACUGUACAUCAGCUGAUCCCAGUUCAGAGGAGGUCAAGUCUUCUGAAAGACUCAGGCUGGGCAGCUCCAGCUCAGAUGGGGAGUGUCUGUCUGAUCUGUGUGGGAACAAUGGGACUCUAGAGAAACUGAAGACUCAACUAAACCAGCUCAACGUUAGUGCACAGAGAGUCAUAGUUGGUCCGCCUGGUCCACCUGGUCCGCCUGGUCCACCUGGAUUACAAGGUACUCAUGGGUUCCCAGGAACACCGGGACAGAAAGGAGAACUUGGUUCCCCGGGGGGGGUUGGACAGCCUGGAUCUCCAGGUGAAAAGGGGCAGAAAGGAGACCUAGGUCUCGCAGGGGAACGGGGAAUGGUCGGCGCUCCGGGUCAACCUGGUGUCCCAGGCUUAAAGGGGGAUCCAGGAGAGAGAGGAAUACAAGGUGUACCGGGGAAUGACGGUCGUCCAGGUACCGAUGGAAGGACUGGUUUGCAAGGAACAGCAGGGAUCCGUGGAUAUCCAGGGCCUAAAGGAGACCCGGGUCCCAGUGGUGAGAGAGGACAGCAGGGGCCUUCAGGUGUAAGCGGGCCUCCUGGUCCACAGGGACCUUCUGGCCUGCGCGGAUCACCUGGAGAAAAAGGCUCGCCUGGACCAAAGGGAGACAGUGGCAUUGGCAUUCAAGGGGCCCCAGGACAGCAGGGAGGAAAGGGAGAUCGAGGCUUAAAGGGGGAUCCAGGAGCGAGAGGAAUACAAGGUUUACCUGGGAAUGACGGUCGUCCAGGUGCCGAUGGAAGGACUGGUUUGCAAGGAACAGCAGGGAUCCGUGGAUAUCCAGGGCCUAAAGGAGACCCAGGUCCCAGUGGUGGGCGAGGACAGCCGGGGCCUUCAGGUGUAAGCGGGCCUCCUGGUCCACAGGGACCUUCUGGCCUGCGCGGAUCACCUGGAGAAAAAGGCUCGCCUGGACCAAAGGGAGACCGUGGCAUUGGCGUUCAAGGGCCCCCAGGACUGCAGGGAGGAAAGGGAGAUCGAGGCUUGCCAGGUGUCCCAGGAUCUCCGGGUGUGAGUGGAGUAAAGGGCAGUAAAGGGGAUUCAGGGCAAAAGGGAGAUCAAGGUCCGAAGGGUGAUGUAGGACCCAGGGGUUUUGUGUCUGGUGUGGUUCGUUUAGUGGGAAACUCCACGCGUGGAAGAGUCGAGGUGCUGCAUAAUAGCGUCUGGGGAACGGUGUGUAAUGACCACUUUGACUCUGCGGAUGCUUUGGUGGUGUGUGGGAUGUUGGGCUUCCAGAGGGCCACCGAGGUGUACACGGAUGGUGCAGGAACUGGAAAAAUCUGGCUGGAUGAUUUGGCAUGUACUGGGAAUGAGAGGAGCAUUUUUGUCUGUCCACAUAGAGGAAUUGAAACUCAGGACUGUGGCCACCAUGAAGAUGUGGGAGUUAGCUGUGCCUGAAUAAAAAUAAGAAACUUUCUCACACCAAGAACUCAUUUUUGUCUGUGUUUUGGUGAUUUUUAGUGGAUGUAUAACAUCAGUUCCCCUCACACAGAUGCAGUUCAUCAGAUUAACUACCUUCCACUAAUGUUUGAAAGCGUCUCAUCUUAUGAAACCAAAUUAUUUUUGUCAAAUGUUUAAAAACACUGUCAUCAAGGCAGCAAAAUUCAUGCAUUUACUGUAGUUUAAAUUGGACUUUUGUGUGCGACUGUGCGCACAUAUUUUUUGUUUUUGUACAAUAUGAAGAAUCAAACUCAUCCAUGUAUACUGCGCUAUCCUAAAACUGUCCUAACUCAAAACAUUUAAACACAGCAAAAUAAAGGGCUUACAGUAAAUUAGCUUUUGACUCUAAAAUGUGUCGUAUAUGUGCCUGGUCACUCAGGCCUUGUCCACACUAAUAGGUUUUCGUUUGAAAUGCAUGUAUUUCUCUCCGUUUUGGCCUUCCAUCCACACUGAGACUGCGUUUUAAUUAAUGAAAACUAAGCUUUUUAAAAAGCUCUCCAAAACGCUGUUGAAGUGUGGACUGUCAAAACUGAGGAAUUUAAAAACGUUGAAGUAAGUUAAGUCAUGACAGGCAUAUUGUGCCAAUAGAUAUUCAUGUGUAUACCAGUAUUGUGCCUGUUAUUCAUGCAUUUUUUUUUUAAAUGUGAACUUGUGUGUGUGCAUAUAUGUACAAAUUAAAUGUAUAAAGAAAAUCAAUGUUGUCCUAACUUAUAACACUUACACACACAGCAAAAUAAAGGGCUUAAAAUAG